AUGAGACAAAAGAGAGCUAAAUCAUACAAGAAACAGAUGAACGUGUAUCUACACGCGUUCAAGUUCAGAGAGCCAUAUCAAGUGCUAGUUGAUGCUGAGAUGGUGUCAACUUGUGUGGGAGCAUCCUUUGAGCUUCACAAAGGACUAGAAAGAACAGUACAAGGGGAAGUCAAACCAAUGAUAACUCAAUGCUGUAUCAGAUCACUCUAUGACGCCAAGAACGAAGAGGCGAUUGCAUUGGCCAAGACGUUUGAGCGGCGAAGAUGUAACCAUUCACAGAAAGACCCAAAGAAACCUCUGGAUUGCAUUGCUGAUAUCACCAACAUUGGUGGGGCCAAUAAAUUCAGAUAUGUUGUUGCUACAAUGGAUCAAGAACUACGUAAGGAGCUCCGGCGUGUUCCAGGUGUCCCUUUAUUAUUUAUGAAUCGUUCUGUCAUGGUCAUGGAGCCAAUGUCUAAAGCAACUGCCAAUUUCACUUCUCAAGUAGAGGCAAAGAAACUCACUGGUGGAUUAAAUGAUGCCAAGUUGGGAAAGAAGAUCGCCAAACCAAAAUCACCGGUCACAGAAGAAAGUAAUGGUGGAAAUAACCCCCCCCUGACUGUUUCUAAGAAGAAGAGGAAGGGUCCGGCUGGGCCUAAUCCUUUAAGUGUUAAGAAGAAGAAAACAGAAUCAAAACCUGAGCCUGAAAAGCCUUCUUCAAGCUCCAACUCAAGACGGAAAAGGUCACAUGGGAAAGCCAAAAGUGAACCCAAAGACGACCAAUAA